AAUAGAGGGGCCGUGGGUGACAUAGAAUUUAGGGAAGGUGACCGUAAUUUCCCAGCCCCAAGUGAAUGCUGUAGCCUGUGGACGCUAUUUGGCACAUCCAAACGGCGUCGUUUUACCCCGACGUCAAUGUUUGGAUUUUGAGGGCAAUUUUAGUUUGAGUCUCGUUCGUUAUGACCUGAGUUGUCACUCGCCAGUCUUUCAGGAACAAGUGUGAGUUACACGGUGUUUGCAUUUGGAGAGAAGAAGAAAAAAGAGGCGAAUUGAAAAAUUCGAUGGCUACACUUCGCAUCGCAAGGAAUUGUCACCGUUGGUUAAACAAAAACCAAGAUUACCAGUACCGAUCAAUUUUCACUACGGUGCAGCUUCAGAGUUCAUGGAUGGACAAGAUCAAAAAUGUCUUCACAGGCCAAAAUACCGAAUCAGGACAACAACAACCAGGCAUAUAUCAAUUCACCUCCGACUCGUUCACCUUACUCAAUUUUGCUGAUGAAAUGAACAAAGCAAGAAAAAUUGGGGCGUUUAAGGAGUAUAUGGUUGGACGAAGCAGUGAAGUUACUUUUGCUACUGCAUUCCAGAAAUACGAAGCCAUUAUUCGAUUUCUCGGGGCUUUGGAUCCCACUGGAGAGAACCUCAAGACCAGUCAAAAACAAGAAGCGGCAAAACAUUGUAAUUGCACAAUUGCUGAUGUGGAGAAUGCACUUGCAAAGUUUACUUGGGCUAAAGAAGCACACAAGAAGAUUCUAAAGUUAAACCAAGAAGGAAAACCCAUGCCAAAAAGCGUUGCUGAACUCCAAAAGCUGGUCGGUACAAAUCCAUUGGAUCUUGCAAGGUCUAAUUUGGCUCAAAGUGGACAAGUUAGCCGGAAUGCAUUCUGUCCAUGUGGUUCAAAGAAGAGAUAUAAAAGGUGCUGUGGAAAGGAUUGAACGAAUUCAGAGACUAAGUAUUUAACUGCAAGGAAGCCUUAUUUGUUAGAGGUGUCCCGCAUAUUGCUGAAUGGAUCUACACUUGUACUCUAUUUUAUUUGGUUCAGAUCAAGCCGUCCAAUGCUCUAGACUGCAGACAUGUUCACAGUAGGCUGAUGUUAGGAUGAGAUAUUUUGCUAAUUGUUGCUUGAGUCUGUUAAUCUUUACAAAUUUUGAGGUGAAUUUAGGCAGAACUAAAUAGAAUAUUUAUUUUUGUUCAGUUGAAGAGUAGGUAGUUUGUUCUAUUCUUUCCCUUACUUCCACCUUAAUGACAGGCAAGAGAAUAAAACAGAAGGGUUGAAGCAGAAUUUGAUUUUGAUUCUCUGUCCUCUCACUUUCAUCUUUCA